CCAACUAGAACUUGUGGCUGGCAUCCAUUGAAGUCAUUUCACUCUUUACCUUUGAGUUCGCUUUCUUUCUCUCCUCUUUCUCAAAGGCUAAAAAAUGGCUACUUCCUUCAAUCUCCCAACUCUUCAAGGUCCUCUCCUUCACAAAUCUCAGUUUCUCGGCCAAACCCAGUUCAUCAAUCUCACUCACUCUCACAAAUCAUCAAAACAAUCAUCACAUCAAAUCAUAAACCCAUCUGCAAAAUUCAAUCUUUACGAAAUCUUGGGAGGCAGAGGGUUAUGUAAUGGAGAAGAAGGCCUUCAACAGGAACUGAAAAAGCCCCCACCGGAAAGAUCACCACCGCCACCCACUACUACCUCCGAUCAAGAAGAUCUUGCCACAUCAAUUAUACCUGAAGAUGGAUUUGACAAGGAGCUAUUAGGCCUAACAGGCGGAUUCCCAGGUGGUGAAAAGGGUCUCAGAGAUUUCAUUGAGAAGAACCCACCUCCUAAAAAGCCACCACCACCAUCAACAACAACAUCAGGUUUUAAUGGGAGCUUGGUCCGGAAACCAAAAGCGCCGGAAUUGCCAUUGUUGAUGCCUGGAAUGAUCGCAAUUGUCAAGAAUCCAAACAGUCCUUACCACAUGUAUUGUGGGAUUGUGCAAAGGAUUACUGAUGGAAAGGCCGGGGUGCUUUUUGAAGGUGGGAAUUGGGAUCGAUUGAUUACUUUCAAGCUGGAUGAACUCGAACGCCGGGAGAAGGGACCUCCGAUGGUUAGCCCUCGAUCAGUUGUGCUGGAAGAUCUGGUGGAAAAGAGUUCUUGAUCGAUUUUGUGUAGUACCAAACUACCAAUGGAACUUUGUAUGUACAAAAUCAUGUUUGUAUUUCUAUCAUGUAUAGAGUUCCUAUGUUUAUUAAUAUCAUAAAUUUGUUUUGUCA